CGUGUGAAAAAUAUCGGAUUGCAUCUGUAGCGUAGUAGUAUUUAUGAAAAGGAAGCUGUUCACAAAUGAUAAAAGAGUGUCAUAGUAUUGUUUUCUAUGUAGUGUGUGUGUGUAAACCUGUUAUUUGAUGAUGUGAACGGAAGUUAAGAGAUUCGUUUAUCAAAAGUACCUGGAUAUAUUGUAUUCAUUGAGCAUAUGACGUGAAAGAAAUCAAAAUGGCAUCAGGUUGGCCUUUUGAAUUCUGGGACGAAGUUUUCUGGUUUCCAGGCAACAGAAGUUAUGGAUGGAAAGAUCUUGAAAACAAGCCGGGAGCAAAUAUGUAUUUGCCCGAUCUUAAAGACAUACACUGGGCUCUACUCUUGGGAAUAGUUCUUAUUGGUAUUCGAUACUUUAUUGAAACAAUUUUUGUAGUACCAGUUGCUAUAUGGCUUGGUGUUCCAAAUAAAAAGAAAGCUACAGUUCCACCGAACGAACACUUAGAGAAGGCAUUCAGGAACAAGAGAUACAGUAAGGAUGAUGUUAAGAUGCUGUCUAAGCAGACAGAUAUGACGGAGAAACAGAUUGAAAUCUGGUUCCGAAAGAGGAGAAAAGUUGAUGCUCCAACCCCGAUACAGAAGUUCAGGGAGUGCAGUUGGCACCUUGUAUUCUACACCUCAUUUUUCGUUUAUGGCAUGGUGUAUUUAUGGCAAAAACCUUACUUUUGGAAAACAAUUGAAUGUUGGAGGGACUGGCCAGUACAGCACGUUAGUAACGAUAUGUACUGGCACUAUAUGAUAGAGUUAGCCUUCUACUGGAGUCUCGUCUUCACCUUGUUCUCCGAUAAUAAACGCAAGGACUUUAAGGAGAUGAUUAUUCACCAUUUUGCCACUAUUGUGUUGAUGUAUUUCUCAUGGGUUCUCAACUUCGUUCGGGUAGGAACGCUCGUGCUUGUCGUGCACGAUGCAGCAGACAAUUGGCUUGCAUUGGCCAAGAUGUCUAUAUACGCAAAAAACAAGACAGCUACUGAUAUCUUCUUUGGCAUAUUCCUUUUAGUGUGGGUACUGUCAAGACUGAUUGUGUAUCCCUUCGUUGUGUUGUAUUGUACCACUGUUGAGCCAUUCACUAUUGGGUUGAUAGAUUCUACUUUUGGUGCUCAUCAAUUUUUCAACUUCUUCCUCUAUGUUCUGCUGGUGCUACACUGUAUAUGGACUUACAUGAUCUUUAGAAUUGUCUACAGAAAAAUGGUGAAAGGAAAUGUCGAGGAUGUGCGAAGUGACUCUGAAGACUCGGGUGAAGAGUCAGACAAUGAAGAUGAUAUAGAUGAUAUUGAUCAUAAUAAAACAGAACAGAUUAAAGAAAAUGGCAAUGGAAAACUCGCGAAUGGUCCAGUGAAGGCAUCUAAUGGUAUAAAAAAUGGAACUGCGGAAAGAAAUGGAAUAUGAAUGCUGUCAUGUUGGCAAGGAAAUGCCACAGAUUGACAACAGAGAUUAAUUUAAGAGCGUUUACUUGCAGAAGCAUUUAAUACAGCUGAAACUAUAACGGAAGAUUGUGUAGUUUAGAUAAAUGUGUGCAUGAGACGAGUUAGAUGCAAACUUAAAUAUGCUUUGUUUCCCUUCUCAUUAACUACACACAAAAAACUAGCGCUUCCCAAAAAACUUUUGUUCAGCGAUGUUGUUUUGGAAUGAGUAUAGAAGAUUAUCAAUUCAUUUUUGUUAAACGGGUGAGAUAUAUUACCAAUGUUUUACAGAGCUGUUUAGUGAAAAUUAGUGUUUCUUAGCUAUGAUAGGGACACAUUAAUUUAUACCUCGCAAAUCAUGUUUUUUAAUGGUGGGAAACAAUAAUUCUUUCGAGAAACAAGAUAAAAAGAUUAAUGAUGAAGCAAAACUAACAGUCUAGCAUGGUAUUUCUGUUAAUGUCACAGUCCCAGUUUGAAUUUGUUGUAGCAUAAUACACCACUCCCCUGUCUGAAUCAUUUAUUACGAGCCGAGUAUGAGAAAAUAAUCAUCAUUGUGAUGGGCAAACAUUAACGUUAAUUUAAUUUGUUAAUGGUCUUUUAUUGAUUUGCUUUACUCUGGUUUGUACAUGAAGCAUAUCUGUCAACCUUUCUGUAGAUAUUUCUCAGUCGGUUAUGUAUCUUUUUAUACGUUUUUCAUUGAAUAGGGACCAGAAAUGUUAGCAUAUAUGUCGCAGUGUACAAGUUUUUCAUGACACAAGUGUAUGCUUUAGCAACAUUUACUUAUUUGAAACAGUAGUAUGUUUUGAAAAACCUUUGAACUAUUUUUCAUUGAGGACUAAAGAAAUUGUCUUCUUGUGUUUAUCAUGUGUUUAUAAGCCAUAUGCUCAUAAAAUGUGUUAGUUUAGCAGACAUGCGGCAUCAUCAGCAUUUGUAUCCAGGGUAUAAGCGUUCUACUCUCUUU